GAGAGUCAGAGUAAGAGAGAUAUCCGAUAAGAAAUCCGAUUUCGGGAAUUUCCAUUUCUUUCAUUUGUCUCUGCCUGCAAUGGCGUUUUCCAAAUCCCACAUAUGCCAGUGCUUGAGCCGGAUUUCGACUCUCAGGCGAGAUUCUCCGGUCACGAUCACCGGAAACAGGAGAAUCAACGGCGAGGAUUUCGCCGCCGGCGUGGCCGCACUGGCUCGAGGUCUGUCGGAGGAGCUCGGCGUCGGAGAAGGAGACGUCGUCGCUAUAGCAGCUCUUAACAGUGACUGGUAUUUGGAACUGCUUUUAGCCAUUGCAUAUGUUGGAGGGAUCGCCGCUCCGCUCAACUACCGCUGGAGCUUUGAAGAGGCCAGAUAUGCAAUGGAGCUGGUGGGGCCCACAGUGUUAGUGGUGGAUGAAAGCUGCUAUGUGUGGUCCUUGGAGCUUCAAAAUUACAAAAAUACCAAGCUACAGUCCUUGACGUCUCAUGUCUUUCUUGGAGAUCCUUCUUCAAGCCUUAGCAACUAUCUCAAUAUGGUCACUACGAACACCAUAAAAUGCCUGUUAGAUGGGCCACAAGCAUAUGACUACCGUUGGUCGCCGAAGGGCAUUGCUAUGAUAAUCUUCACAUCAGGGACCACUGGCAGACCAAAAGGAGUCGCUAUAAGCCAUACAUCUCUCAUCGUUCAAUCCCUUGCUAAAAUCGCAACCGUUGGUUAUGGUGAUGAUGAUGUUUAUCUCCACACAGCUCCUUUGUGCCAUAUUGGUGGAAUAUCCACAUGCUUGGCUAUGCUCAUGGUAGGAGCUUGCCAUGUCUUCCUCCCUAAGUUUGAAGCAAGAUCAGCCGUCCAAGCCAUAGAACAGUACCAUAUCACAUCUCUGAUCACCGUCCCUACAAUGGUGGCAGAUCUACUGUCUACUCUCAGGGAAGAGAGAAGAUGGACGGGUGGAGAGAGUGUGAAGAAGAUUUUAAGCGGUGGUGGAGGGCUUUCAAAUGAGCUUCUCAAGGGCGCUUCUCAUGUCUUCCCUAAUGCUAAGAUUGUUUCAGCCUAUGGGAUGACAGAGGCAUGUUCUUCACUUACCUUCAUGACUAAUCGUGAUCCAACGGUUCAAAAUCCCCGCAAGUCCCUUGGGACAAUCCCCACCAUUGAUAUCGACCCAACUCCCGAUAUGAAGGGCACCCUAGUCGGGAAACCUGCACCACACAUCGAGCUACGGAUAAGUGUGAAUGACAACGGCGAGGAUCAUGCGGGCGUUGGGCGGAUCCUUACUAGGGGCCCACAUGUGAUGACUGGGUAUUGGGGUCAGAUUCCGGCGGAGGCGUCAGAUUCCGGUGAGGGAGGGUGGCUGGACACGGGUGACAUUGGAUGGAUGGACGGCUGUGGUGAUUUGUGGCUAGUGGGGCGAUCAAAGGGCCGAAUCAAGAGCGGAGGGGAGAAUGUAUACCCAGAGGAGGUUGAGGCCGUACUUUCACAACACCCGGGAGUUUCAGGCAUCGUCGUCAUCGGUGCUCCGCACGCUCGAUUGACGGAGACGAUCGUAGCUUGCGUUCGGAUAAAAGAGAAUUGGCGGUGGACCACCGAUCAAAAUAGAGAUCCUUGGAAUGAAGGGAAAGAACAAGUUCUAUCUGGGAAGAUCCUCCAGAGCUAUUGCAAGAUGCGAAAUUUAACUGGGUUCAAAAUACCUAAGAUAUUUAUAUUGUGGAAGAAGCCGUUUCCACUAACUACUAUUGGGAAACUCAAAAGAGAUGAAGUCAAGAACGAGGCCUCCGCUCACUUGCAAUUCAUACAUAGCCAUCUAUGAGCUAAUAUGGUUGUAAACUCGCACUAUAGAGGGAAGACUUUGAUAUUAAUAAAGUGAUUUUGCCC